AUGAAGCUCCCAUCCGUGGUCCAAGGCUCACUGCUUCUCUUCAUCCUGGCCAGCUGGGCUGGUGCCCCCAAGCCCCCCAGCAUCAACCUUCAAACAUUCACUGGUUGUGCCGUGCGUGAGUUCACUUUCCUGGCCAAGAAGCCUGGCUGCAAGGCGAUGCGAAUUACGACAGACUCCUGCUGGGGCCGUUGUCAGACUUGGGAGGUGAGUGGCAGGGGCUCCCAAGGGGUUUGAAUAAGGGCUCUUUCCCAGCCCUACCUAGAGAUGCUGAGGAUCAAAGUUGGCAUCUUCUGUGUGCAGAUGCUGUACCACUGAACCACAGACCUUCCCCCUGCACUAGAGUUAGGGGAUGAAAGGGGAGGCACCAUAAAUGCCAUAAGGAGCCUUGUUGUUCCCCACUUAAAAGCUCCUCAAAAUAACAGUGGCCUUCCAUGAUACACUCUCUCUUUUGAGGGUUCUUUAUCUUUAAUCUGGACUUGGUCUGGACAUUCCUUCAAACAGGGGACUAUCCUCUGUAAUAAAGGACACAUGGACACGAUACUUGUAAUUUGGCCUGGGCAAAUCGGUCCAUUUCAGUAUUCCUCAGUUUCUUAUUUUUCCAAUCUUCUCCAUAUUUCCACAUCGUUAUUAGUUGCUUUGCUUUUGCUUUUGUUUUAUUAUGUAGUUUGUGUUACCAUUUUGUAUUUUUAUGCUGCGAACCUCCCUGUGAUCUUCGGAUGGAGGGCAGUAUAUGAAUUUAAUAAAACAAACAAACAAACAAACAUUUUAAAGGUACUCAUUAAAAUCCACCAGCAUUUUAGUGCCAAUUUCUUUUCACAUACACAUUUUGAUAUGCAUUUUUGCUUAACGUACACAUUUUUUGAGUUAAUUUUCAUGAAUAUAUGCAAUUUUUCAUGCACACUUUACCACAGUGUGUGCAAUUUUGCACAUAUUACUUGGCUGUAGAACGGAACUGAAAAAAUUGGAGGGUCGAGAAUUUUGAGAGAGGGCUGUGAUUUGGUUCACAUAUUAUUCUGGAAAGUGCCGAUUUGGUUGGUUUACCAUUAAAUGUGAACUGAACAGAAUUUGUCUGCCAUCCUUACUUUGUAACUUUCCAGAGGUUUUUAAUGGCUUGUUCUGACAGACAAAUAGCUGACAUCACCGAAUAUUGCAUAUUUGCAGUGGGGCAGCAUCUCAAAUGAGAGCCACUUGUUUAAAAAUUCCACACGGCAGGUUUCCACCUCUUUCUUCUUAAGAACGCCUUAGUAGUUGCAUGGCAAAAUAUAUUCUCAAGCAAUUACUUAAUGCUCUUAUUAUAUAAUUUCGAAAGCUCCUUACAGCUUAAGCACUUAAGGGGGAACUGUCCUUUAUUGCUCCACCGACAGAAAAUUCCUCGGGGAUUAAAAUAGAGCCCCUGACUCACAGGGGAUGCCUUUUAUUCCAUAUCCCAGUAAUAUGUUUGCUUCUAAUUUUGGUUGCCUCAGAGUUGUGGUAAUUGUGCUGUUAGGUGUUUGUGAGUGGGUGUGACAAAACAGGGCAAGCAAGUCCAUGCACAUUAAGCAGAACAAGAUUGUGACUAAUUUUAGACUCCUUUUCAUUUCACACACCAGGAGCUCUGAGCCUGAUUCCCCACGUGUGUGUGUUUGUGUAUAAAAUCUUGUGAUGGAGAAAUAAAUGCUUUCAUUCUCACUUUUCUCACUGAGGAAAUUCAAAGGACUGGCUAUGAUCUGGAAAGCCCACAAGUCCCAAGUUCCUGAAAGAUCACCUCCUUCUCUAUAGAUCUUCCUGGGUGUUAAGACUGACAGAGGAGGCCCUCUUACAUGUUCCACUGCCCUCAGAAGCUGAGGGUGGCUGUAGCCCAGGAGAGGACAUCUCCUGUGGCAGCCACUAAGUUGUGAAACUCUCUCUCAACAUAUAAUAAUAAUUUAUUAUUCAUACCCUGCCCAUCUGGCUGGGCUUUCCCAGCCACUUUGGGCGGCUUCCAACAAAAUAUUAAAAUACAGUAAUGCAUCAAACAUUAAAAGCUUCCCUAAACAGGGCUGCUUUCAGAUGUCUUCUAAAAGUCUGGUAGUUGUUGUUCUCUUUGACAUCUGGUGGGAGGGUUUUCCACAGGGUGGGUGCCACUACCGAGAAGGCCCUCUGCCUGGUUCCCUGUAACUUGGCGUCUCUCAGCAAAGGAACUGCCAGAAGGCCCUUGGCGAUGGACCUCAGUGUCCGGCUAGAACGAUGGGGGUGGAGACUCUCCUUCAGAUAUACUGGACUGAGGCUGUUUAGGGCUUUAAAGGUCAGUACCAACACUUUGAAUUGUGCUCGGAAACGUACUGGGAGCCAAUGUAGGCCUAUCAAGACCGGUGUUAUGUGAUCUCGGUGGACGCUCCCAGUCACCAGUCUGACACCUUCACUAUAUGCAGGUUUUGGUGAAUGCUGAGGACAAACUUAUUUCAUAGACUCAUAGAACUGUAGAGUUGGAAGGUCCCUUGAGGGUCCAAUCUCUGACAAUGCAGGAAUCCCGACUAAAGCAUCCAUGACAGAUGGCCAUCCAGUCUCUGUUUUGAAACCUCCAAGGAAGGAGAGGCCACAACCUCCUGAGGCAGACUGUUCCACUGUCCAACAGCUCUGACUCUGUCAGAAAGUUCUUCCUGAUGUUUAGUCGGAAUCUCCUUUCCUGUAAGUUGAAGCCGCUGGUUCGGGUCCUACCCUCUAGAGCAGCAGAAAACAAUCUUGCUCCAUCUUCCAUGACAGCCCUUCAGAAACUAUGACUAUUAUGUCAUUUAUUUCUACCCUGCUUCUUUCCCUGACAGUGAUUCAAGGUGGCAUACAGAUAAUAUAGGAACAACUAAAAAAAUUCAGAGCAAAAACAAUUUAGAACAAUUAAACGUUUAUAGAAUCAAAACACAGGAGUCCGUUUCACUGCUGCAUGGCUCUUACCAUCAGAAAGUUCUUCCUCAUGCUCAGGCCGGACACUGAGGUCCAGCUCUGAGGGCCUUCUGGCAGUUCCCUCACUGCGAGAAGCGAGGUUACAGGGAACCAGGCAGAGGGCCUUCUCGGUGGUGGCGCCUGCCCUGUGGAACGCCCUCUUGUCGGAUGUCAAGGAAAUAAACAACUACCUGACUUUUAGAAGACAACUGAAAGCAACCCUGUUUAGGGAAGUUUUUAACGUUUGAUGUUUUAGCGUGUUUUUAUUAUUCUGUUGGGAGCAGCCCAGAGUGCCUGGGGAAACCCAGCCAUAUGUGCAGGGAAUGAAUGAAUGAAUGAAUGAAUGAAUAAAUAAAUAAAUAAAUAAAUAAAUAAAUAAAAUAAUAAUAAAAACAACUCCUGGUAGAGGACAAGGAUCUAGAGAUUACGCUAAGGGUGGCCAAAUUAUGUGCGACUGCCAUAAAACUUAGGGAACAAGCUGUACUACCAAAAUGCUCAAGGUUUUAAAUGAUAAUUUUAGGUUAUAUUUUAGUGAUCAAGAUUUAAUAUAUUUUUGAAACUGCCGCUAUAUCUGAAUUGUCCCAAUUGCAAUUCAAUGUAUUCCUGUUGCGUUUUAUGAUUUCCCUGAUAUUGUAAGUGACCCGGAACUGGUCUGUGACUGUAAUAAUAAAAUUCUAACAACAACAACAACAACAACAACAAUUAUUAUUAUUAUUAUUAUUCGGAAUCUCCUUUUGUGUAACCUGAAGCCAUUAGUUUUGGCCCUACCCUCUGGAGCAGGAGAAAACAAGCUUGCUCCAAAGACAGUCGCAUAUGUCCAUACAGCCAUGCUUAGGCUAACAUCUCCUCUCUCCAUCUCUCUUCCUUCUCUCCCUCUCUCACUCUCUGCCUCCCUUGUGGCCAGAAACCUGUGCUGAAACCCCCUUACAUCGAAGCUCACCACCGCGUCUGCACUUACAACGAGACCAAGCUGGAGACGGUGAAGCUGCCAAACUGUGCGGCCAAUGUCAGCCCAUUCUACACGUACCUCAAGGCCAUUCGGUGUGACUGCGGCAUGUGCCUCACCGAAACCACGGAAUGCGAGACCGCCUGA